UGACUAAAAAGUAACUAUCUACAACAGGACUUAUUGUUAAUUCCACAUUUUUGAUAUCUGGCAACUUUUUUUAAUAUGUAUAUACAUACAUUUAUAUUAGUCAUAUCAUUGUAAAUAAAUUUAAUAAUUUCUCUUCGUUUAAAUCGUUAUUUAAAUAUUUAAUUCCGAAACUACCAUAAAAUUGUGUGACGUCAUAAAAAUGAAGUCAUUAAAUUCAGAUUGUUCCGGAAGUAAUAGUAAUAAUAUUGCGGUAAAAACUGAACCGUUAGCAAUUUUAAAGGAUAAUGAGGAAUUACAUUUUCAACAACCAAAUACAUCGGUUAAUUCAAACAAUAACAUCAAUAAACGUCCUAUGUCUUUAGAUUUAAAAAACUCAUCAAAAAAGCAACGUCUAGCAGCGCCGUCUCCACUUCUUAUUGCUUCGCCAGAUGCGCAAUCAGUUAAACCUCUUACCACUCCAGAUUUGGAAAAAUUGCUUCAUUUAUUACCAACCCCACAACCUGGGUUAAUAUACCAAGCAAAAUCAUCUGCAGUAACUUCUGAGCAAGAGGCAUUCGGUAAAGGAUUUGAGGAGGCGUUACAUAGUUUACGCAAUAAUGGAAGUAAACAAAUACAAACAGAAAAUAGUACUAAUGUUGUAGUUGGUUUAUCCAAUACAAGUACAACCAAUGUAGGAACAGGAAUGAGUGGAGGAUCUUUUACAUAUACUAACUUAGAAUCGUUUAAUCCUGUUCCAAUAAAAGACGAACCACAAAAUUCUUCUACCUCGCCACCAGUAAGCCCAAUUGAUAUGGAGACACAAGAAAAAAUAAAGCUUGAACGCAAACGUCAAAGGAAUCGGGUAGCUGCUUCCAAGUGUCGAAAAAGGAAACUUGAACGGAUUUCGAAAUUAGAAGAAAAAGUUAAAAUUUUGAAAGGGGAAAACACAGACCUUGGUUCAAUUGUAAAAAAUCUUAAAGAACAUGUUGCUCAGCUUAAGCAGCAAGUAAUUGAGCACAUCGAAUCUGGUUGCAGUAUAAAUGGAACUACACUUUUGCCAACUAAAUGAUUUUUAAAUAUAUUAUAAGUAGCAUAAAAAAUAUUAUUAAUUUCUGUAUGUAAACAUUAUUUCAAUUAUUCAUUGUGUUGUUUAUUAAAUAAAUAUAAGAAUCAAAAUAUAA